AUGUUCCGAGACAAAAAGUAUAGAGAUUUUAAAACAAGAUUAAGUGAAGAACCAGAACCUCAUUCACAAUAUGAUCUGUCGUCUUAUAGAUUACCAUCAGAAGAAAGCGUACGUGAUCCUUUCCAACAUGUCCAAGGUUCAGAUCUGUCGUCAUAUAGAUCACCCACAGAGGAAAGCGUAUGUGCUCCUUCCCAGAAUGUCAAAAGUUCAGGACAGAGAGAAACAGAAGACAUUCGUUUAGUUUUAUUGGGACGAACUGGAUCUGGAAAAAGUGCAACAGGAAAUACUAUUUUGACAAAAAAAGAAUUUAUGUCUAAAGCCUCAGGAUCAUCCAUAACGGAACAAUGUCAAAUAGCCCAAAAUCGAACUGCUGGCCACAGAUUUAUAGUUGUCGACACUCCUGGUUUAUUUGACACUAAACUAGCACAUGGUGAGGUUACGCGAGAGAUAAUCCGUUGCGUACACAUGUCAACACCGGGACCUCACGCAUUUUUACUAGUCCUCAGAUUAGAUCGCUUCACACAAGAGGAAAUCGACACUUUUACCUGUUUAUUUGAACUAUUUGGAGAGAAAAUGAGUUCGUAUGCAGUUAUAGUUUUUACCAGAUUAGAUGACUUAGAAGAAGAAAAUACAACCAUUGAAGAUUUUAUAAACAGUUCAAACCAAAGCCUAAAGCACUUCAUCAACAAGGUUCAAGGAAGAUAUAUUGCUUUCAACAACAGAGGAACAGAAGAGAAAAAAAGUCGACAAGUUGCUACUUUGAAUAAAACAUUAGAACACAUGAUACAGAACAAUGGUGGCAGCCACUAUACAAACAAGAUGUAUGAAGAGGCAGAAAAUCACUUGCGAGAAAAAAUUAAAGAAGUUGAACGGUUAAAAGCCUUGGAGAAACAGAGGGAAAUCGUAAAAAUUGAAUCUAAAUUUAAAGGUAAAAUUUCAGAACUUAAAACUAAUAAUAAUAUGUUAGAGAAAGACCUUAAAACCCAACAGAAAGAAAAUGAAAAUAUCCAGUCGGAAAAAGAAAAAUCGCAAGCUGUUAUUCAAAGUAUGCACCAGGAAAUGAAACUGUUGAACGAAUACCACCAAAGAGAAUUGUACGAAGUUAAAGAAGAAGCAAAAAGACAAGAAGAAAUAAAAAUGCGAGAGCUGCAAAUUCGAGAAGACGAAAUUCAAAGGCAAGUUCAAGAGAUGAGCGAACGACAUGCACAAUCCCAGAAGCAGAUGCAAAUGUUAGAGACAGAUCGACAAACAGCCUUAAAUGAUCAACAAAGAAAAUUUCAAAUCAUUAUGGAACAAGGUGUUAAAACUGUAAUUCAGGAAUCGCAGAAUUCACAAAUGGAAAACAUGCAACAGCUGCUGAAUGAAUCGAAGAAACAGACGCAACAGGCUCGUGAUGAACAAGCAAAGUUGAUUAAAUCAAUGAAUGAAGAGUCACAACAGCGAGAAGAAAUGCAUACGAAACAUAUGCAAGAAAUGAGAAGCGAAGCUGAGAAAAUGCAAAGCGAGUUAAGUGAAAAAGAACAAGAAAAGAGAGAACUCCAGAAAAAAUACGAAAAGGAGAAAGGAAGCAGCUGUUCAAUAAUAUAA